CUUUUGCAUUUAAGUUUGCCUUUUCUGUUUGGUGUUCGAAAGAUUUUCUACAAAACUUUUAAUUAGAAAAACAGUGGCGAUAGGGAUUUAAUACUUUAGGAAUCCUUGGUCAUGGCUUCCGUCAAUACAAAAAAAUGUGUUGUUAAUAUUGAUCCAAAACUUUAUUGUUGUCGUAUUUGUUUAGACACAAAAUACACCAAAGGAAUAAAUCUCGUUAAAAGUUCGCAUAUUCUAGAGUUGUUAGAAUACUGUGUUGGGUUUACAGUUGACAUUCAGCGUACAUCACAUGUGCUAUGUGUGAAAUGUAAAAACAAGAUUCAGGAGUUUGAAGAGUUUAAAAAAAAAUGUGUUAAAUCUGAAAAUCUUUGGAAAAAGUUCCCAAUUCUGAAUUACCCAAAAAGUUAUGAGCUAGAACAUAAUGAUGAUUUAACAAAAUUAAUAAAAGAAGAGCAAGUAGAUGCAGAGGAUCAGGAGUGUGAAGAUUUAAACACAGAAGAAUUGUGUACAGAUGAAAAUAUUGAAAACCAUCAUGAAAAAGACUCAGAGGAAAUAAAUAAUACCAAACAGUCUCUAGUAAUUAAUAAUGAACCAAAAUCUUUACCAAAGAUUAAAACAGAAGACAACAAUUGUAAUGUUAAAUGUGAAGUUGAAACAAAAACAAAUGAAUGUCCGAAGUGUAAGAAAAUAUACAACAACAAAAAAUGGCUGUGGAAGCAUAUGAAAAGUUGCAAUGAUUAUUUAAAAAAAAAACGAAUAAGAAAAAUUGUAGUAAAAACUGAAAAUGGAAAUGCUACGUUGUCUAGCAAUGAAUGUGGUUUAUGUAAUAGAGUAUUUAGUUGUAAUAUCAAGCAACAUAUGAAACAGCAUUGGCUUAAUAACCAUUUGCAAUGUGAAUUAUGUAACUAUAUCGGCAAAGAUUUUGCUCACAUGUUAACCCACAGAUAUAGCCAUUAUCCGAAUAUGAAACUACGCUGUAUAGCGUGUGAUAAAAAAGGCGUGUCCAUGUUAUCUCUGCAGUUUCACUUUAGGGCGGUGCACUUGCAGAAACCGGGUGGCUACUGCACAUUUUGCGAUAAAACUUUUAAUAAAUUCAAGACAUGGAAACGGCACCACCGGAUGCAUACGGAGAGUAAUCACUUGUACGUUUGCGAUCACUGCGGUAAAAAAUUUUUGUACAGGCACGAAAUCAAAACGCACCUUAUUAACCACUCUGAUACGCGCCAGUACGUCUGCGAGACCUGCGGGAAGGGUUUCAGGAGGGUAUCCUCUUUGAGGGAUCACAUAAACAACUUACACAAAGCUAGGGAACCAGCGAAAUGCGAACAUUGCAACAAAGUCUACAAAAGCGCAAAUAAUCUCAAAAUACACCUCAGAAACUUGACCAUCGAGAAGCCAUUUAUAUGCGAGGUGUGUUCCAGAAACUUUUACACGGAAGCAAUUUUGAAGAAGCACAUGUUUUGGCACACUAACGAGAGGCCUUUUUCGUGCGAAGUUUGCGGACAGAAGUACAAAGCAAAGGCGCAACUUAAAGUGCAUAUGAGAAAGCACUCCGGCGCCCUGCCGUAUGAUUGUGUAACUUGUGGCAAGGGUUUUCCAUCUAGUAACCAGUUGAAGCGACACAAAAGCGUCCACACAGGUGUCCGCGCCUACAAAUGUGUGCACUGUGAAAGGUCUUUCCACGCUAAAAAGCGCUUGCUUGAACACGCGGCGGGACACAAAAGUGCCAGUGGCGAUAAGCUCGAAACCUAGUUUAAUUAAUAAAUGAAUGAACACAGUUUUCUUUUGAACCACAAAAAUUGUAACAGUAAUAAAUACUAGGGCUACAGUUAGUUAAGUAGAAGGUUACAUACCAGCAGACCCCGCAAACGUCGUCCUUCCCAGUCAAACAGCGGCAACCUACCGGGUCCAAUUGUGUUUCCUAACCAACCAGAAACAUUUUGAAAUGUUCAUCCAAAUCGGUCCAGCCGUUUCGCAAGAGAUAGGUGACAAACACGCGUGCAGACGAAUUAUAUAACUAAUAUAUUAUUAUUAUUUAUUUUCAAGAAAUUCUGCAUUGAUCAAUACUAUUGUACAUUCUAUAUGCAUACAUAAGACACAAAUAGUAAAACCUGAGAUAACAUUUACUUAAAGACUAAAAGCACCUAUUAAAAUAUGCAGCAUAAUUACGAUAAGUAUUUCACAACAUCUUAAAAUUAUGUUAAUUUACACCACUUGUAAGUAAAUAAGCGAAAUAUUUGUGUACAUUUCCGCUUUAAACAAAAAAUUGUACAAAAGAGGGUACAAGCAUACAAAAGUACCUACUUGUUUUUUACAUGUAAGUGUCGCACGGCUUGCGUACGAAAACGCAAACAAGUUGUGCGAAACGCUUCACUUGAUCACCGCACGCAUGCGGCAACAAGCGAGAACCGGUAUGGUACAUACUGGGGACUCACUACAAUCGCCUACAGCAUUAUUAUUUUAAUAUUUUAACGAUUUUUUUUUCAGAAUUAUUACCCUCAGUACCUAUAGCGUAACUGUAAAUCCAAACAAUACUGCUAUAAGUGAUUGUAGUAAGCUCCGGAAUAUUGAUACAAAAAAGUCUGCACGCACACUGCUUGAAAUAAUAACUUUAAAUUAUUGCAUUAGUUGAUAAAGACAAAAAAAUUAACUGUCCCAAACCUGAAAGUAUCAACAACGAUAAAAUAAAUAUUUACGCUACUGUAUCACUCGAAUAAACUUUUGAAACAUAA